GUUCGGGAACUGGAAGCAGAAUUGGAAGAUGAAAGGAAGCAGCGGGCUUUGGCUGUGGCAUCCAAGAAGAAAAUGGAAGCAGAUUUGAAGGACUUGGAAGCUCAGAUUGAGGCAGCAAACAAGGCCCGUGAUGAAGCCAUCAGGCAGUUGCGCAAACUGCAGGCUCAAAUGAAAGAUUAUCAGCGUGAAUUAGAAGAGGCCCGCGCAUCUCGAGAUGAAAUUUUUGCUCAGUCAAAGGAAAAUGAAAAGAAGCUCAAAGGGCUUGAAGCAGAAAUUCUUCAGCUCCAAGAGGAGCUUGCAGCUUCAGAAAGAGGCAGACGACAUGCAGAGCAAGAGAGGGAUGAGCUGGCUGAUGAAAUUGCUAACAGUGCCUCUGGAAAAUCUGCCUUGCUGGAUGAGAAACGCCGCUUAGAAGCCCGAAUUGCACAGCUGGAAGAGGAACUGGAGGAAGAGCAAAGCAAUAUGGAGCUCCUCAAUGAUCGUUUCCGCAAAACAACUCUACAGAUUGACACACUGAAUUCUGAGCUGGCUACAGAGCGGAGUGCUGCCCAGAAGAGUGAGAAUGCCCGUCAGCAGUUAGAACGGCACAACAAAGAGUUGAAAGCCAAGCUUCAGGAAUUGGAGGGUUCUGUCAAAUCCAAGUUCAAGGCAACCAUUUCAGCCCUAGAAGCGAAGAUUGGACAGCUAGAAGAACAGCUGGAACAGGAGGCAAAGGAGAGGGCAGCAGCCAAUAAGCUAGUACGCCGCACAGAGAAGAAGCUGAAGGAGGUAUUCAUGCAGGUGGAGGACGAGCGCCGACAUGCAGACCAGUACAAAGAACAGAUGGAGAAAGCUAAUGCAAGGAUGAAGCAGCUCAAGCGCCAACUAGAAGAAGCAGAGGAGGAAGCUACACGUGCUAAUGCAUCACGUCGUAAACUCCAGCGUGAAUUAGAUGAUGCUACUGAAGCUAAUGAAGGCCUUAGCCGAGAGGUCAGCACUCUGAAGAAUAGGCUAAGGAGAGGAGGCCCAAUUACCUUUUCCUCCAGCCGAUCUGGAAGGCGCCAACUGCAUAUUGAAGGAGCUUCACUGGAGCUUUCAGAUGAUGAUGCAGAGAGUAAGGGGAGUGAUAUCAAUGAGCCUCAAGCUGCCCAAACUGAGUAGAGUAUCCCCAGUGUUAUACUGCCAACAUUCCCACAGUGUAACUUCUUUCCGUAUGUUUGAAAGAAGAAGAACUUAUUGGCCACCAAAUUGCCUCGUGGCCUAGACCUGCCUUAGGCAAAACUGGCAUAGCAUUAGGUCAUGUAUUGCAGGUCAGUCACAGCAUUAUUGCUGCCUGGCUUUGCCAUAUUGUAAACUGUUUUGGAUAUAGGUACCACUACUUAUAUGUAUUAAAGUAUCUCUGUUCAGUGCUUUUUGUUUCAAGGUAUCCAUUGUAAAGCCAUUUUCUAAGGCACUGAGUGAUAAGCGGGUGCUCCCUCUAUCCCAGGCAGAAACUUCUGGCAGCUGGCUAUGCCUUUUCUCUAUGCAUGCAUAGCUGCAUAGCAGUGGCACUCCAUUUCUUUUGGUUUUCUCUUUCCUGCUUAUUUGCAGGACCUUGUUCCUAUCAUUUUCUGGCUGACACAAGGUCACCUGGCUGAAAAUGUCCUGAGGAGCUUUAGUUCACAUCAUAACUAGCCAUUUGCUUAUACUACUUAAUGAACGCCUGCCCACCUUGGCCAUCUCAUGUCUUCCUGUUCUGGACGUCAUGAAUACUGGGUUGAUCUGGGUAGGAUGCUGACCAUUUUCUGUCUUGAAGUAGUAUUCCGUAUAAGUUGGAUUGCCUCAGCAUGGAAGUUGGAUGACUUCUCCCAGAAGGAACUGUUUUCUUGCUGAAGUGCUGGGGAUAGGAGUGCUAGCUGAAGUUCUUGCCAGCUUUCUUGGUGCCCAUCAGUAUAUUUGCUAGAGGUAGCAUGUAGACACUGCCUGUAAAUGAACACACCAGUGGAGCUACCCUCUCCCCAUUUUCAGCUUUCACUUGGGUGAAACACAUUUAGCUAGCAUCCUUUUUGUCCUAGCUAAGAAUUGACAUUUACAGAAAGUGCCUUAGACACUGCAGUACUAAGACAAUGUUUCAUAUAUAAUUUGCCUAUAACAAUGAUUCAGUGUAUUAAUUUUUGAUCCUUCAUAUCAUGCUGCAUCUUCUAGUACAAGUGGUAUUAUCAAUCUUCAGUGAUAAGGAUGAAUCAGUGUUAGCUACAAAAUCUUGAACUCUUGCAACAUGCUUGAAAUAAUAUUUUUCUUUGGUUAAAAGCUUUAACAUAUGUUACAAAGCUAUUGUUUUUGUGCAUUUGGAUAUUUCUUAUUCAAACUGGCUGUUGACCACCAGGCAUCUGACUGCAAAUACCUUGUUUCUUUGUAUCCCCAUAUUUUUAGACAAUGAUUUUUUUGUAAAGACAAUAAAUUUAUUCAUUCUAGAGA